UACAUGGUAUCAGAGCUGGUUUAGAACCUAGUAUUUUCGCUUCACCGGCGGGCGGCAACCUCACCUUGGCCGCCUGCCGGACCUCAACCUAAUCCGCUAGAAUUUUCUACACAUACCUUGACAUUUAUUCAAGUCCACCACCACUGCCCCUCCUCUCACUAUUGUCCUCCCCUACACCACCGUCUCGGUCGUCUUCAUCUACCACCACUGUUGACCUUAACCCGUCGCUGCAGUCCCUUCACUCUGAUCACCGGCCGUCACACCGACCUCACCCAUCGCCUUCACCGCCUUCCGCGCCCUUUAAUCCCAAUCCAUGAGCCGCUACGACAGCCGCUCCGCCGACCCCGGCUCCUACCGCGACCGCCGAACUGAUUCAGGGUUUGGUGGUGUUUCGAGUUACGGUGGAGCUCGUUCAUCGUCGAGCAAGAAGGACUACGAUGGUUCAGAGUCACCGCGCAAGUUGGAUUUGGAUGGGUUGACUCCGUUCGAGAAGAAUUUCUACACAGAGUCGCCUGCUGUGGCAGCAAUGUCGGAGAGUGAAGCUGAGGAGUAUCGGCAUCGAAGGGAAAUCACCGUUGAAGGCCGGGAUGUGCCCAAGCCUGUCAAGGCUUUCAGGGACGUUGGGUUUCCAGAAUACAUCAUUCAAGAAAUUGUAAAAGCUGGCUUUACUGAACCCACACCUAUUCAAGCUCAAGGAUGGCCAAUGGCUUUAAAGGGCCGUGAUCUAGUUGGACUUGCUGACACAGGUUCAGGAAAGACACUUGCCUACCUAUUGCCUGCAAUUGUCCAUGUCAAUGCUCAGCUAAUAGAGAGAAUCUGGUUCCGUGAAGAGAGAGGCAGCCCAUGUGAAGAGAGAGAAAGACCAUUCAUUAGGCAGGUCACUUUUCACAAAUCCACCACUAGCACUCUUUCACACCAUUAGCACACUUUUUCUUUUAUUUAUUUAUUUUACUUUUUUAUUCUCUUUAUCCCAUACCCUCCCGUCCAUGUUCCCCACUCCCACUCUCUCUUUUCAAAAUCAUUGUCUUUUCCUUCCCAUCAACUCUCUUUUUAAAAUAAAUGAUUCAUCCUCCACCCACCACACCACAUUAUCCUCAUCAUUCCCUCACUACUAAUAUAUA